AUGUCUCAUGCUGUGCUGAUUCGCCAUUGGUUAGAAAUUGUAGCCUUUCAUUCAAACAAACAGCGGCCAAAGAAGUUUCGUCCUCUAUACAAGAGGUACGUUUACGGCUCCAACUCCAACAAAACCUACUCGUCGGGUGACGAAGACGAGGCUGAAGCUCCAAAGCCGUUUGCCAAUAAUGUUCCGAUAGUCCGGUCUAUCUACGUGCUCACAGAUGCGUUUUUCACCGGCCGGGUGUGGCCCAAAUCCAAAUUUGAGAAGGUGGACGUCUUGCGGUGCGCCAUCCACGGCCGCAACACCGACUACGAGAUGGUAGAGGAGGAGGUGUACGAAGAGGUUACGGAUGAAUCACACCUCCUCAAGCUCCCCGUUGAGCUUAUCCAGUACAUUCUCGAAAUUCUCGCGGCAACGAAACUCUCACCACGCUUUCUCCGGUUGAACAAAAUGUUCUACCAGAUCUGCAUGCCCUUGAUCUACGAACGGCCCGACAUCUCAUCCCACAACUUCUUCAAAUUUGUGGAAGCCAUUACCAACAACAAGAAACUCGGGGGGAACGUCAAGGUGCUAGAUAUGAGGCAGAUCCAGCAGAGCAGUAAGAACUCCUUUGUGUCGCGAUUGCUCAGACGGUGUUCCAGCUCACUUCAGAGCUUUACAGCACCCCAGACAAGUUUCGGAUAUGCUCCAUUAGUCAGCCUCCGGCAUUGCCAUGACCUUAAAGUGCUAGACUUGCGAUUGGUUUCCGAGACCGUGGAUUUGAAAGAGCUUUUUGACGCCAUCAAGUCAGCAAAACACUUGACGCAUUUGUCAUUUCCUCGCUCUUCGGUGCAGUGCAAUGAUUACGAAAACCUCUGGCCUCCGAACUUGUGGUACCUCAGACUCUCAGGAGGGAUAUCCGACGAUUUCUUGUACAACUCAGAGUUCCCCGGAACCAUCCGCAAGCUUGAAUUCUCACACUGUCCAUACGUGACAAAGAGCAGUAUCUACCACUUGCUACAUAAGUUGGGGGGUAAGUUGACAUCGCUUGUAAUCCAGUACCCGAUGCCCGGCUUGGGGGGCAGUGACAUGGACAUGAUCUUCAAGUAUUGUCCGAAUCUCCUUUCGUUGGAGAUAACCGUGGACUAUGUGUCGAAGGACUUGUUUGAGGACUACUGCCUUCCCUUGCUCCGCUACCCACGGCCUUUGAAGAACAUAUACAUUGAGUCAAGUGGUAUGAUCGGGCAGGGCGAUAAGCUCCAUCCAGACGACCUCACACUAGCAUUGAUCGACGAUAAGUUGCCGUGUCUCUUGAAUGUGAAGAUCAAUGUGAAGCUCGGCUGGAACCCAGAGUCAGACGAUAUGGAGGACUUGGUGGGGGUGUUGGAGGAGCGCGGCGGUGGUGUGUACAUGCUGUGGUAAUGAUAGAUUAGAAAACAAGUGUAGGAGAAAGGUGUAGGAGGGGUAAUUGCUAGGUUGGAGUGCGUUUCGAUGGCGAACUUGAUUAAGCCUUGCUUUGGACGGGUAUUUGAAACACUCCUUGAGUGGUUCUGCCCCACUAUCGGUCGGUCUCGUCCGAGAACUCUAUCAGCCUUGUGCUUAGUUUGAAUGGUGUCUCCAUUUUGCAAGCCAUCAGCUUGUUGCAUAGGCUAUGAACCACGUUCAUAACCUCGCUUGCACUUCAUUCACUCGGUUAAGCCAUCGAGUUUACAUUGAACUACACCAGAACGAACCUUUCUCACUCAUCCCUGUCAUAGCAUGUUGAAUCAUAGUUUUAGUCA